AUGGCCGGCGUUCCGCUUUCCCAUCACUUGCUAAAACACUCCCCGGCGUCGGUGUGCCUGCGUGUAGUUCUGCUCAGCCCCAAUGACGAGAUGCUCUGGACCUAUGCUACUGUUCGAGCCGAUCCCGAAGCGCACCGCGCCAUGAUAUCGCCCAACGCAGCCGACCGACCGCAACGGAUCAUCGAGUGCAACACCAUCAUCAUCGCGACUGGUUCCUCUUGCAAAGACGACAUGCCGUUCAAGAACCUCUCGGAUACGGAGACGACUAAAUAA